UUGUUGCAAGAAUGGAGAUCUAUCAUGAGCGACAAAGACAAAUGCUUUGCGCAGUUCAUACCUUAAACAACCUUUUCCAAGACAAGAAUGCCUACAGUAAGGCAGACCUAGAUGCCAUCAGCUACCGGCUUAGCCCAGACGCUUUCGUCAAUCCGCACAAAAAUAUGCUUGGCUUGGGAAAUUAUGACGUGAAUGUUUUGAUGGUGGCCUUGCAGUGGAGGGAAUAUGAAGCAGUGUGGUUUGACAAGAGAUUGAAAAUUGAAUGUUUAAACCUUCAACACAUCUUUGGAUUUGUUGUGAAUAAACCUUCAAAUGUUAACCUAGUUUGGCUGGAAGUACCUAUCAAAAGGCCUCAUUGGUUUGCAGUUCGUAAAAUAAAUGACAAUUACUACAAUUUAGACUCCAAACUUUCAUCUCCUCAGUGUAUUGGCAAUGAAGAUAAUCUUUGUGAGUUUUUAAGGGAACUGUUGUCCUUGUCAGCUAUGCAGCUUUUUGUCAUUGUUGAGAAAAGUGUUGCAGAAAACAGUCUUUGGAAAAGACAGUGAAAGUGAAAGUUAUCAAUUGUUUAAAUCCUAAAUGCAAUUUAAAAAUGUCACUGUGUAUAUUUUAAA